AAGGUGGAAAAAGUCAAAAACUCUAAAGAAGUCGGAAAAACUCGGAAAAAGUCAAAAAUCUAAAAAAUCGACUUUUCACAAAAUGCAAUGUCCAAAAUCAACAUUUAACUAAAGUCGAAAUAUCGACUUUUCGUUUCUACUAUAGAACCCUACCUUAAAUACAAAUAGCAAUUAUCUUUGACUUUACCUUGUGACUACACCUUGAUUCAGUUGAUUGCGAAACAUGUUGUCAAUAGUUAAUAAGUGCAGCGGUAAUUUUCUGAAAUUAAAAUCGUUAAGUAUAGGUCGUACAUUGGCUGUAAAGAACAUUUCAACGGCUAAAUAUGCUCUCUCGGCGGGACACUCAAAAUGGGCUAAUAUUCGACAUAUUAAGGCUGCAAAAGAUGGACAGAAAGCAGCACUUUUUACAAAAAUUUCUCGACAGAUAAGACUAGCAAUACAGGAAGGUGGAAGUGCUGAUCCUUCGCUAAAUUCCCAAUUGAAGAGCGUUAUUGAUGAUGCGCUUAGAAAAAAUAUGCCCAUGACUACCAUUCAAAACAAUAUCCAAAAAUGUAAGCAGAAUAAAAAUGAACUAAAAAGAUACAAAAUAGAUCUGCGAUACAAGCAAAAGGUUUUCGCCGUCUGUAUCAUUUACACAGACAAUUACCCAGGUGUAAAAAUGGAUAUGGCAACCAUAUUGAGGAAAUCAGGGUGUGUAAUUAAGGAACCUAGGCGAGCCAUUAAGGACCCGGGUUGAAUCAUAAAGACUCAAUAAUUAAGGUUUUAACCUAAUACGGCGACAAUCCCGAUAUAAUCCAUCCGAAAAUGGUAUAUUGGGCUCUGUAAAAUCCUGCCUUUCAUCAUCAUCAUAGCAACUCCAUGCCCCGGAACCAACGCUACCUGACCGGAAAGAUGAAAUGUUGGAGCAGCUAAUUGUAGCCCUUUAAAAGGUUCUAAAACUAAUUCUGACACGGAGAUUUGCGGAGUUUUUAUACGAUUCAUUUUGUAACAAGGCGUUGAGUACUUUCGAACCGGGACUCGAUCUUCAACUUGCCAUAUUCGUGAUUUUCAAUCUUCACAACAGGAAUCUUCAGUUAAGAAACAAAACUGAUCUCACCAAAAUUUUCCCGUGUGGCAAACAGAGGUGUAUUUGCAGUGUUGGCGAAAGAGCUGCCUCUUGUUGCAUUUGUACAUUGACAAACGAAGUGGCCUGAUGUUCUCUAGGCUACGUAGCCUUGGCCUUGGGAUUCAGAAGGAAAUGGUAGGUUUCUUUGCAAUACUUGCAGCUACCCCUACUUUUACAGUUUUUACGAAUAUGGCCACUAGACAAACAUUGAUAACAAAUUUUAUAUAACGCCACUAUACGGAAUCUAUUUUCCAUAUUAAAUUUUUCAAACUUCCGACAAGAUCACAAGGUGUGAUUCUUAUUUUUGCACAUCGGACUUUUAUGGCGUGUUUGAUGAAUGAUUCGGUCGGCAGUGGAACUAUAGAUAGCACUUCAGUUAUAUCCAUGGUUGCUACUUCAUCCAAGACUGGAGGUAAGGUUACCGUUGAAAUAUUGGACUCCGAAGGUUUAGCAGGAGCUAAAUCUUUUUGGGAAUUCAGGGAUUUCUAAUAAGAAAAUUCGAAAUUUUUAUUUUAUUGAGUAAAAAAAUCU